UCCACGGUCUGCGAAUAGCUGGGAAACGGUCCACCGAGAACUUCGAACUAUCCGUCCGCGGCAGCUGGCAUCAAGAAUUUUGAUUAAUUAAUUAAGCCCAACCAUCCCAAAAGCGGUCAUGCACUUGUCUGCUGCAAGCUGGCCAAUAGGGAGACUCUCGGCUCGGAAACGGUUGAGUGAAAAUGUCUGCAAUGCUAGCUUUUGAUGCCUUGCUUGCUUUCGUACCAUUUUACUGAAGAGAACUUCACUGUACGUGGCCGUGGAGAAACUCGUAGGGGUUUGGUAAGCUUUUGCAUAAAUUCCACACUGCUUUAUGCACCGUAAAGGGUCGAUUUUAUACACCGCAAGUUAUGCCACCUUCGACAAGUGCUCCCUAAAAAGGUGUAAUUCAUCAAACUCAAGCCUGACACGAUUGACAACCCCCGUCGCGGAAGGUUUCCGUGAGUGAAACAGCAUAAAGUGUUUAUGCCCUGGAUCCCGGAGCUAACAGGCUCGCCAUUUUACUCACCGCCAUUGGAAAUUAGUAUUGAAAUUCCAUAACCUUGCAGCGGUAAGCAACAAAGUAUUGCUUUAUUAACAUUUGGUUCUCGGUGGAGUUAUUCUGAUCCCAUUGCCCAUGUCCAAGAGAGCCUGAGGAUAUGAGUGAUCAAUUAUUUUUGCGCUUGUUGAUUGGUAUGCUUACUUAUGUUCCUCUCGGAUACAAGUCGACGGCACUGUUAACUUCUUUAUAGCGUAAGUUAAAAAGACAAGACUAAACUCCUUUUCGGGACAUUACUUUGAGCACUAGUAAUUUACGAACGCCAUCCAUAGAACAUUGUUCUGUCAUGUUCCUUCGUUCGCUACUACCAUGGAAACGCGUUCACUUCAAACGAAUACUACUAAAUCUAAACAUGCAAAGCAAUCCAUGACUCCACGAUUUGACAGAAUCGUGGUAAAACGUCAACAGCACGCCGCAAAAUGUCUUCCACCGAAAGCUCUGAAGGUGCCGAAGGAUCCGACACCUCAAAAGUGCCCUCGGUCGACUCUUUCCGGGAAAGAGUAGAAAAAUUGAGAGCAAAAUAUCAGGACAUUCUGCAGGAAGGCUUCUUUCGAAAUUUGCAGCACGAUUGGUUACAUCAGCAAGCGGCCGAACCCGAUCUAACCCAAGCAUCGGACACCUCAACGCUCGACUGUUUGAGUGAUGCGAGUGGCAGCUUUAUCGUGCUAAAUGGGCGAAAGUUUCCGCUAGAGUUUUUUCGUGACAUUUCUCCAAAGGUUGAAGAAACAUCCCCUCCGAAAGAGUCGGUUCGCAAGAGUAGUUCCGUGGAGCAACAUGAAUUGCAAGAACUGGAUGAUUACAGCAAUCCUUACGUGGUUCCAACACCGGAUCGUAUUGCACAGCGUAAUGCGAGGAAAAGUCGCUUCCACACGGCACGCUCCCGUGGCUGUCAGGAUGUGCGGCAACGGUUACACGUCGAAGAACUGCCGUUCGACGAGGAAAUGCUAGGACCGACCAAAUCAGCCAAGUUCCAAUCCCGUUUAGCAACCCAGCUCGAUGCACACUAUCGCAAUGAACUGACGUACCGGCCAAGGAUACGGAACUUCAUGCGUAUCGACGCCAUCCACAACCUUCGCGAAUCGGGACGCCGUCAGUUCGAGACGUACUAUCGGCAGGAGUAUAUCGUGGGACAGACGCGCAAACAGAACAUCGAGAACGAUUGCUACCAGCAGCUGGCGGCGCGUUGUACCGAACUUCGGGAAGCGGUCCGCACGAUUCGCCAGGAACGCUUCAGUGCAACGAUGAGGGUGCUGGAUGUAGUGAAACCAUACUUUGAAACCUCUGCCCAGCUGGAGGCUCGCCUCAAAGAACUUCAAACCCGGAUGACCAGUCUGUGGAAUCAGGUGGUACGGCUCGAGAGCAUCUGGGUGCAGCGGCUGAAGCUGCAAAACUUCCUGUACCUCAUCAUGCCCAAAGAAUGGCGCGAACGCAACGAUUGGAUACAUCAGGACGAUGAAGGACAGCUCGAAAGUUACCCAAUUUCGAUCAGUCGACGCGAUACGGUCAACAUCCGCAACAUCGACGAUGGGAACGAUAUCUGGGCGGUGAAGAGAUUUUUCGAACAGCAGUACCUAGCGAAAAAUAAACCCGUCCAUGAAGCGUUUACCAGUCCCGCCGAGUUGCUGGACGGUGUAGCGGAGUUAAACACCAACUCCAUGACGCUGCUAUCACGCCUAGAUCUGAUGAACUGGGUAAAGUCAAACGCGGAAAUGGAAUCGGAAAAAGUGCAACGAAAUUUCGCGAAUCAAAUUCAAGCCAUACGUCGCUUCAUUCGGGACAUGGACGAAAGGCGCAAGUUCUACGAGCGGCGUACCGUCGAGUUGAAACAACUGUUCGACGAGUUGGUACAAGGACCGCUCCAAGAUGCCAUCCACAAUGUACGAAACCGUGAGAUUGAAAGUUUGGUUACGGUCGUUUACAGCAAGCUACUACCGGCCAAGGAACGUGACGAAGGUACGUCGGUACGGUUGUCCGGUGUCACAUGUUUUGCCUUCAUCUUCGAGAUGGUUCUACAGCUGUUGGCCGAUUUCGAUCAAAUGCCCGCCGCGCUGCUGCACUCCAUCGAGCAUAAGGUACGGUUCCGCCGGCGUAGACGCAUGAUUCAAGCGGUUCGAGCCGCGGAAGAGGAACAUCGAAUUAGUCAACUGGCGGUACAGCUACGCCGUGGACUAGCCACUCCGUACAAGAAACCGGAUCACAAAGUUAAGCCACCCCGCUCGCGUCUUCGACGGAAAGAAGUUCCGGUCGUGGUGGAGAAACCACACGUCACAAAAUUGGAAGAAAUCUUCCGGCUAGCAUUCGGCGAGGAUGCCACGAUGACGCCCGAGGAACGACGUAACUUUGAGAUCGAUAUGAUCUACCAAAACUAUUGCUCGGUUCAGUUUGACCACUUUCUGCGUAUGAUCGGUUACGAGCCCGAUUAUGAUGUGGUCAGUCGAGUGCAGCAACGUGACGGGCCGGAAGAGAACUUCUUCAAGCGCAAGGAGCUAAUACCGCGUGUGCUAAGGAAAUUGCAACAAUGGCAGCACAUGCAGCAGAUGUUGCGCGAACGAUUGUUCCAAAGAAUGUCAGCGGAAUUGCAAACCGUCCGUAGCUGAAGUUAUGUGUUUCACUGUACUUUGGACAUCGUGUUUACAGCUGGUCUCUAGGGUUGGUUGCGAGGGACAUUUUUGAUUUGAAUUUUACCCUAAAUACGUACCUACCAAUCGGUUUCGGAAGAAUUAUCUACAAAUUCGAUCCUGUAAUAUAUUUUUAUGCAGUUUUUCAACAAGAUGUUAUUUGUUUUGAAAUUGAGAACACAAAACACCACGACGAAUACUUUUGUUUACUAAAAUUUAGAUCUUUGACAGCGUUAUGUUCAAGCAAUCAACUAAGCGUUAUAGCCCUAUCAAUACUGUCACUUCAGUGUUGACAACCAUCAUUUCAGGGCAUUCGUCGGGACUGGUGUAAAUAAAAUAUAAGUGUUUAUCGUGUUUAUUACCAUUAUAAUUAUUAUUAACGUUAUAAGCAACGUUCCAAAGGAAGUGUUGUAAUUCUAAGUUUAUAGUCGACCUUCGUCACAACAUCCAAACGCCACUACAGCCGGAACAUACAAUGGCUAUAACGGUGCCGGUUGUUCUGCCUGUAUUGUAUUAAACAGCCUGUUUGCCAUACAAGUUCCGCUGCGCGUACAGGCUUCCACGUGUGUGGCCACGAAGAAAAGUGCACCAUUUUCCCGAGCACCCCACACAACGUUUCACGGGCUUCCACCGUGUACCGAUCGUUCUUCAUCAACAUUCCUGUUUCAUCCGUCGGUCCUGCUCAAUGAUUUCUACAAUGACUCAUCGGAUCUGGUUCCCGGGAGUCUUAUCAGCCCUCGUACAAUCCUGCCAUUGAUGGGCCGCAAAACUUAAUCACUUCCCACUGGGAGGACCUCGGACGAAUCUUCGAGUAGUUCUCCAAAAGAGUAGGAGUUUAGGAGUGGCACAAUACACUUAUACACCUGGCCCACUUACACACACACAUACACGUAUACAGAAUGAGCUAGCCUAAGGCCGACGGCUUCUCUUGGACUGCAACAUUCUCGAUUCUCGAGCGGAGCUACACUGCAAAUAGCCCGAAACGCAUCAAAUUACGCCACUUUGUACGCCACUUGCUGAUGGAUCAACCGUCGAUUGCAACUGGCUGCUGCUGGAC